UUUUUGUGUGUCACUAAAUAAGGUACCACUAGAUGCAAUAUUUCAUUAGACGAUCGUGAUCCAAGUUCAACAUAACCUUUUUUGUUUGGCGUGUAGUAAGAGACGUGCACAAAAAUGGCUAUUCGACCGGUAUACAGGCCUAAAAUUGUGAAGAAGAGGACGAAGAAAUUCAUUCGUCAUCAGAGUGAUCGUUAUAGUAAAUUGAAGAGAAACUGGCGUAAACCCAAAGGUAUUGACAACAGAGUUCGUAGGCGCUUUAAGGGACAAUAUUUGAUGCCCAACAUUGGUUAUGGUAGCAACAAGAAAACUCGUCACAUGCUACCAACUGGUUUCAGGAAAGUUCUGGUACACAAUGUUAAGGAAUUAGAAGUUUUAAUGAUGCAAAACAGAAAAUUCUGUGCUGAGAUCGCUCAUGGAGUAAGUAGUAAAAAACGUAAAUCCAUUGUUGAACGUGCUCAGCAACUUUCAAUAAGGGUAACUAAUGGCAGUGCAAGAUUACGUUCUCAAGAAAAUGAAUAGAUACACAUUCUUACUUGAUUUAAUAAUAAAAUAUUUAAAGUA